AUGGGUCGAAUACAACAGUUUUUCGAGCAGUUUGAUGAGGAUGAGAUUGGGGCCCUGGACAACGCUGAGCUGGAAGGGCAUAUCGAGCCAGACAGUGCUCGCCUGGAGGAGGUCAUCAAAGACUACUUCAAACAGAAGGAGUUAGACUACCGGAGGCCUGAUGCCCUGGGUCCUAAAGAGCUGCCAGUGGUGAGGGAGGAGGAGGAGGAUGAAGAGGAACAGGAGAUGGAGACCAUUGUCCUGACGGCACCGGCAGAGAAGUGGGACUGUGAAACCAUUAUCAGUACCUAUUCAAAUUUGUAUAACCAUCCAAAAAUCAUCAAAGAUCCACCAAAGGCAAAGCCCAUCCGAGUGUCUACCAGGACAGGCAUUCCUCUGGACGUCCUUCCCGGGAGGGGCCCGACAGCCAAGCAGGCGGAGCGCAUGGAGCGUAUCAACGACUCAGAUCUGCCCCGAGUUGCCACACAGCCCCGACCUCGAGAGGAGAGCAAGGAGGAGCGGAAAGCCAGGAAACAGGCUAUCAGAGAAGAGCGCAAGGAGCGAAGAACAGAAAAGAAGGCCAACAAAGAGGCGUUCAAACAGGAAAAGGUCUAUCAAGAGAAACAAAUGUUGAACCUGCGUUCCAACGUCCAGGGUCUAAAGCUGUCUUAGCUGCCCAGAUGCAAGAUGAAUUGGGACUGACUUUGUGCUCAUCCUCUUAACUGGAUUACUGAUGGACAACAACCCUGCAACCGCCAUUUUGCAGAGGACCCCCAACACGAGGACUAUGGGCUGUGUGGCAUUUUUUUGUGAAGUGUUCAGAGAUUAAUGUAGCCUGGUCCCAGAUCUGUUUGUGCUCUCCCCAACUCCUAUGAUCAUUCUCACCAUGACAGUAAGUCUGCAAGACUGCACAAACAGAUCUGGGACCAGGCUAAUUCAGACAUUUUUAAAAUUUUUUAUAGAUCAACUGUUUUGAAGUUAGCAUGUCAGUCAUCAGAGUGCAGUUCACUAACCCUUCUUACCUUAUACAAUAAAGCUAAAGAAUCUU